AUGUGGUUGUGUGACGUUGUGCUGAUGUGGUUGUGUGACGUUGUGCUGAUGUGGUUGUGUGCUGAUGUGGUUAUGAGCGGCGCCGGACCCUGGGCCUUCACAAACCCUCACACCAUUACACCGGGAAUGCCAUUACACCGGGAACGCCAUUACACCGGGAACGCCAUUACACCGGGAACACCAUUACACCGGGAACGCCAUUACACCGGGAACGCCGGAGCGAGCGGCGAGCACAAAGGAUUGAUGAGAGCCGCCACGCGCUCGGGCUGUGUGAGAUGA